GGUGUGCGAAGCACUUUCUCACAGCGGAGCUCCGACACUAACAAAGCUGGAAAACUCCCUCUCUGCUGGGGUUUUCAGGGAGGGACGGCCCCGGAGUAAGAGCGUUGAGUUUGUGUUUUUACGGACAUCUUGGACGGCAUUCCAGCGGCAUUGGGAAGCAUGUCAGCGGUGCGGGACGCGUGUUUUUCCGGUCAUUCGCUCACCGCUGUAAUCCUCAGUCUCUCGUGCUUUCUGCCCUCCUGUUCACCCACGGGAAGAACUGGAGAAAAUAAGUGGACGGAAACUGUGGUCACCAGACAAGGCGACACAGCCCUCCUGAGGUGCUACCUGACAGAUGGGCUGUCAAAGGGGGCGUGGCUGAACCACUCCAGCAUCAUCUUCACGGGGAGUGAUAAGUGGUCGGCAGAUCCCAGGGUGUCCGUGGUGUCCAGCGUGGACAGCAAGUAUGAGUACAGCCUGCAGAUCCAGAAGGUGGACGUCAGCGAUGAGGGACGCUACACCUGCAUCGUGCAGAACAACCACAACCCACAGUCCAACCACAUCUUUCUGAGUGUGAAAGUGCCUCCCAAGAUAAACAUCAUCUCCGACGACGUCACGGUGAACGAGGGAGGAUACGUCUCUCUUAUCUGCGCAGCCAGUGGGCGGCCGGAGCCCACUAUCUCCUGGCGACACAUCACCCCUUUAGCCAAGAAGUACGAGAGCGGGAAGGAGCUGAACAUCAGCGGCAUCACCCGCGACCAGGCCGGCGAGUACGAGUGCAGCGCCCAGAACGACGUCGCCUCGCCCAACACCAAGACCGUCAAAGUCACCGUCAACUUUCCUCCAACCAUUCACGAGGUGAAGGCCACGGGAGUGGGCGUGGCCCGCUCCGCCCUGCUGAGGUGUGAGGCUGCCGCAGUCCCGCCCCCUGCCUUUGAAUGGUACAGAGGAUCGCGCAGGCUGACCCGAGGGCACGGGACGGACAUAAAGACCCUGACCUCCCGCUCCGUCCUCUCCAUGACCAACAUGACCCAGGAGCGCUAUGGCAACUACACCUGUGUGGCUGUCAACAAACUGGGGACCGCCAACGCCAGCGUGUCCCUGCUCCCGCCCAGCAGCGCCCCCUAUGGCAGCAGUGGCAGCACUGCCCCCUCCUCUGCCUGCCUGAUGCUGCUGCUGUCUUCCCUGCUCUGCAUGUUCUAGCGGAGGGACGUCCUUUUGCACACUGACUGUAAACCUCAAACCAUGCAGAGUCCCCCCGCCGCGCUGUGCUGUGUCAGCUGGGAUCCAUCUGGAGGAGGGUGUAUGAGACGCAGCUGG